UUUUUUUGAAGUUCCAGUUUUCAUUUCCGGCCAUUAGCGACGGUAGCUAUUGGAACAGAACCGACCAUGGACGUUGCUACUGUUCGCUCCCUUUGUGCUUCUUGGCUGACCCUGUCAGAUGCCAUGGCUCUUCGCUGUUUGUCUCGUGGAUGGCGGGAGACCUUGGAUGAGAAAGAUGAUCCGCUGUGGGACAAUUUGAUUGAUGUUACCCAUGGAGCUGAAACUGCUGCUGUUCUGCGAAGAAGUUUUGCCCCAACAAGAGGAUGGCAGCUGGCACAACUCAUUCAUCAUGAGGAUGAAGAUGACCGUCCUAUUAUGAGUUCAUUGAAUCCAGAAGAUGUAGUUCUCAUGAUCGAAUUCUCAUGGCGGAAUCGCCACCAGGACUGCACAAGAGGGAAGCGCCGCAAAAUCAAUUUGGCGUCAUUUGUAUUGGAAGAUGCAUGCGACAGUGUGACCGAAACGAAAUACAGGUAUAAUGGGGAUGGAUCCAUUGUAUCCAUUUCUAUUCCAAAUCCGCACCACAAAGGAUGGAAUGAAGAUUAUCUGUCUGAAGGGGUCCUCAGUGGAUUUGAGAGAAAUCUUGAGGUCACUAUUUCGAAAAGACAAACAACAAUCCUUUAGCACCAUACUGGAUUUGUCGGCACUUCCCGGUAGUUUUCACGGACAUGGCCGGGGGGGGUGUGAAUACAGAACAGUUUUGCGCGGCAAUGGGCUCUACAAUUUCAAAUAAUCGCAGAAUUUGAGUGGAGGCUGUUCUACUCUUAUGAACAUGAUGAAGAAAACAAAGGAAUGGCUUUGGGAAUGUUACAGAAACCUCAAGUUGAGUUUUAUCUUGAGGAAUUUACCAUGAGUUUUGGCCGCGGCAAUGAUACUAAGAACGAUGAUGAGCUUGAGGACGAUGAAGAGGAUCCUGGUGACAACUUUGAAAGCAUUUCUGAAUUGAUGACAGCCAUGCAAGGGCUUCCUUGGAAGUAAGGACAAGAUUGAGACCAUUGGUGGAUCUCCUAUUGCUGGACUAUGUUCCCAACACAAAACCUCUCAGUCUACAGCUUGGUUUUACUUGUGCGAUUGCAGAUAUGCUAAUGGUAUAAUGAUUCAAGAUACUGAUAGAUUUUGUU